UCUGCGAUCCGGAGUAAAAGCGAAAAUGUAAACUCCUCGCCGCGUUAGUGCGCUACCAAUUUUCGUUUAGUAAACAACGGUCUCCUCGAGGUUUUGCCUUGCCGACUCCUCGAGCCGUUAGGCACAGUUUGGAAGCAGUCCAGGCGGGUGAACAUAAGCUAUACAAAUUUUGCUGAUCUUCGAAACGCGCGAGAGCCGUCCUGCAGAUAGCUGCUACUCCCCGAAUGCUGAUCAACUUUCGUCGUGCGGCAAAACAGUGUGGAAAACUUUCUCUGGGAUUUCGUAAAUAUUGAACCACUUGGAUGGUAAUAUUUACUAUCCUCCGAUAUUUACUAUAACGGGGCGGACACAGGUGGAUUAUCGCGCAGCGCGGUCCGAUGGAAUUGUUUGGAAAAUAUUCGUGCCGGGGAAAAUAUUUUGCAGUUUCAGUAGAGUGCGACGCUAGUGAAUAGGAAGCGAGAAAAAAAAGUUACCCGAUAGUGUUAUCGUGUUAGGAGAAAAAAUUAGAGUGAAACGGAUUACGAUAAGUUUGGAGUGAUUGUGGAGGGAAAAAUACGUAAUUUGAAAAAGUGUACAGAGUAGAGAAUAUUUCCAUCGGUGUGUAGCGUAAUACGCCGGGGACUUCCGAUCAACAAGUGAGCUGGAAACUAUUCAUUGCGUCACUUCAGAAAACUUUUCAAAAAUUCUCAUCGGAAGUGAAAUAGACUACAUGUUGGCGACAACAGCCGCCAACAGCGACAUGGCGCCGCCUGACGGGCCGAUGCAGUACGACACCAAAUGGUCAACAAUGAAUUUGAUAAAUCUACCCAAAAUAAAGCAGGAGAAUUUCAACGGGUUAGGUCCGUUAGUAACCCUACCUGCUUACGAGCAGGUCAAAUCCCCCGGAACGCCCCAACUGCCCACGGUUAUCGAAAGGGUUCACGAGGAUUCGGAGAAUGCGGAUGCGAACGGCUCUGUCGGUACCACGAUCAAGUCGGACGAGAUUACGGCCAACGGUAUGGUCUGUGAUGAAAGGGGUACACACACAAGCUCAUCGAGUCCAACGGGAGCAAACCGAAACACAAACGCCAAGCCACCGUAUAGUUAUGUGGCAUUGAUUGCCAUGGCGAUUCAGAGUUCCCAAAUGAAACGUGCGACUCUGAGUGAAAUCUACAGCUACAUAACAACCCGCUUUCCGUACUUCGAGAAGAACAAAAAGGGUUGGCAGAAUUCGAUCCGACACAAUCUCAGCCUGAACGAGUGCUUCGUGAAGAUUCCCCGCGAGGGUGGAGGCGAACGGAAGGGCAACUACUGGACGCUGGACCCACAGUACGAGGACAUGUUUGAGAACGGAAACUACAAGCGCCGAAGGCGCAUGAAGCGCCCUUAUCGCACCGGACACUACUCCAAGAUGUUUGGGGAUUCGUACAUGGCGAAUGCCGGAAAUUUCAGCCACAGACCGGUGUUCGCACAAAGUCCCUACCAGACGUAUCCGCGAUACGAUACAGGGACGACUUGGAUGCCUGCGCCCCAACUCGGCUCGUACACGACUUGCUCGACCCGAUCGAACUACUCAUACUCAACGCCGCUACAACAGCCGGUCCAACCUGUGACGAUAAACACCUACGGAUCGUUGUCCAACAAUUUAGUUUCUGGCAGCACGCCCCCGCCAUGCCCGCGAAGGUUCGAACCAUACUAUUCACACUGGGAUACAGCAAGUGAGUAUCAGGUGGUCCAAUAAGUACUGUCAAACGGCUACUGUCAAAAUUUCAGCCGAAUCGGACUCAUAGUUUUGUUUUAACCGUGUGUGGAAGCAGGCGUGUCCGCGGAUUUUAGAAAAAUGGAAAAAAUGGAAAUUCCGCCGUCGCCUCGGCCAAAUUGGUCGAAUUGCACUACGAACUGCUGCCCCAUCCGCCGUAUUCUUCAGAUUUGGCCCCGUGCGACUUUUUUUUUGUUUCCAACCUUGGAAAAGUCACUCACCGGGCAGAAAUUUGAGUCGAAUGAGGAGGUCUUCGCCGCCACAGAGGCCUACUUUGCGGACCUCGAGAAAACGUAUUUUUCUGAUGGAUUAAAGAAGUUGGAGUAUCGCUGGGUCAAGUGUAUCGAGCUAAAAGGAGACUAUGUUGAGAAAUAAAUCGCCAAUGUUCCCAAAUUUUUUUUUUUUUUUGUAUGCUAAGAACUUAUCGGACUGCCCUUGUAAUAUAUGAUUAUUGUGAAAAUCUACACAAUCAUGAGAAGUGAAUAAUGGAAUCAAAUUGAACAUUUUUAUUUCAUUCUUCCGAGGAGGCGAUCUGGCGUAGUGGUAACAUCCAUGCCUCUCACGCUAAAGGUCACGAGUUCAAUUCUCACUCCCGACAUUCUUCCUAAAAUGGAAGUAAAAGUGACGAACCAGCCAAAUGAGUUGAAAAUCACUAUAAUACAGAUAAAAAAAAAAAAAAAAAAUCAUUCUUCCGUCAUAUACAAGGUAUGCGAAUUGAGAUCGUUCGGUUGAUGUUUCAAAUGUUGCUAGCAGGGUGUUAUGCAUUCCUUCGAUUUGACAUAUAUGAAUUUUUCUCAUUCGACAUUAAAGUUCGAAAAUAUGUUGGAGUCAUUCUGCUGAAAAGUAUCUUGUUUGUUCAUCGUAUAAAAAAAAGACAAGUAAAGAGCAUUUGCGGCAUUCAAUACUUUGGUUUUUUCAUGUGAAGCUUAUUGUGAAAAUGAUCCAACAGUGAAAACAUGUGACAGAUGUGAUGAGAUGGUUUCGGUAAUUCAAACAUGGUUGUUGUUGUUGUUGUUACAGCAAAACAGUUUGAAGACGAGGAAUUGCGGGAGUUGUUGGAUGCAAACACAACCCAAACAUUGCAAAAUUGAUGGAAACAUUGGAUGUGGGAUGUAGCCCAUCAUUUGAAAGCUACAGGAAAGAUACUCGCUCGGAUAGAGGCUCGGAAAAUGGGUGUUACACAAAUUGAGCGAAAGAAAAAUGCUUCUUCAACAGUCUUUUGGUGCCAGUUUUGCAUCGGAUUGUCAUUGGCGACGAAAAAUUGAUUUUUUCAAGAAACCAUGCGCAAAAGACCGUAAUGGGCCCGAUAUGUACGAUAUGUGCCUAAAAAAACCAGAGUUCAGAUUAAAAAUAUUGUCAAAAAGAUUCCCAUACCGGGAAUCGAACCCGGGCCUUCCGGGUGAGAGCCGGAUAUCCUAACCACUAGACAAUAUGGGAGUAGAUGAUAAGGCACUAUUUUAACAUCACAAUAUCAGUUUUUCAUUAUAAAGUUCAUUGUAGGGGCGGUGGGGUUAAUACGGACAUGUUAAGAAGAACUUCAAUUAUAUCUUUGGAAACUCAUGUUUCAUAAAACUCUAAUGCAACUCUAAUGUUUCUUGUAAUUCAAUAUUCUGUUUUUCUACCUAAUUGGCCAAAUAUUUAUCAAAAAAGGGGUUUUCAAUGUUUUUACUGAAAUAAAAACAGACCGAACGGACAUGUAGUGGAGGGAAUAUAGACAGGUUUGUAAUAUACGAAGCGUAGAGGUUUAUCGCACGUGAGAGGCAUAAUUUUAUUCAAUCAAGGUCUGAACUCAUCACGAAUACUCGACAAAGGAUGAAAAAUUCAAAUUAAUCCAUCUAGAAGUGAUAUUGUGCAGCAGUGUAAACGGACAGACCCUCAACUAUUUUGCGUUUGGUUCCAGUCAGCUUCUAAUCAGUCCACAUCGAUUUCGUAUCAAUUCAAGUGCAGUAAAUAUUCGCUAAAUGGGGUGGUAAUUCAACCCAAUUUUCGAAUUUCACUCUCUAACUGAGCUGCAAAACAGCAAAAGCAAAAUCUAAAAUUGAAUGUGACCCCUAUUAUAGAUUCAUAAAUGGACUACAGCCCAGCUAACGCACGCCCUGUUAAAAAGUAAAGGGUGUGUCACAUCAAAUUGCAUCACGGAAAAAACGCUGUAGAAAUUCGCCCAGUAGACCGAUCCUUUUUGAUAAUUUUAGACAGUAAAAUAAAAACUAAUAAACAACUUUUGGCAUUUUCUUUUUAUUCAUACUUCGAGCCCAAGCCCGUAUGCUCGCACCCUCCUCUUUACCCCGUCCAUAAGGUUCUGUACAACGUCAGGUUGUAGUUUUUUUUGAACAGAAAUCCAUUUUCUCUUGAAGUCCGCCUCCGAUUUGA